AUGCCAGUCUGUUGUUCAAGCAAAGUCGUCUGCAAAAGUGGAUGUUGUGAUCCAUGUUGUGAUCCAUGCUGUGGUCCAUGUUGUGGUCCAUGUUGUGGCUCUGGUUGUGGCUGUGGUUCAUGCUGCAGUUCUGGAUGUGGAUGUGGUUGUGGUUCAUGUUGUGAUUCAUGCUGUGACUCGUGUUGUGAUCCAUGCUGUACUCCAUGUUGUGUACGCAAGAAAACUACCGUCACCAAAACAGUCUGCUAUCGACCGGUUGUCAAGGUUGUCAAGAAGACCGUCUGCUGCAAAACAUGUCCACGAGUGUGCUGCUGCUAA